CUUAUCGAUUACUCCGAACCCGCGCUAGUUGGCGUUUCCGCUGGUCUGUCCGCUGUCUCUGUAGGCCGCACGCACGCAACGCGCCGGGACGAUCACACCCACCACCGACCCGAGCAACCGUCGCAGUCACGAUACUGCGCAUCCAGCCUGUCGCUGACCCCGCGCGCAUUGCGCAUCGCACCGAAGCACCCCGCUGUCCCGUCGCGUUCUUUUGCUUCGCGCCCACGCAGCGUCUGCUGCCCGCCUAGCCUCCUAUCGUCAUCCGCCCAGCGCGAACAUCGCACACGACGCCCGGCCAACAUCGCGACCUCGGAACCAGCCGCGCCACCCGCCUCUGCCCUGCGCACCCCGUCGCGACCGCAUUGCCUGCCGCGGAGAGGAGAUCUGUCGCCGCCAGAGUGCUGGCAGAGACCUCACGUGGAUGAUGGCCCUGGUAGCGCCACCAGCCCAAGAUCGCAAGCGCGUCAAGGUCUACGAGCUCAAGAACAAUGACUGGUUCGACAGGGGCACCGGCUUCUGCAGGGGUGUCGUGGUGAAUCAGGAAGAUGCCAAGAUCGUGGUGCUGUCUGAGGAUGACCAGACGCGCCAGCUGCUGGAGACGCGCAUCAGCAAGGAUGACGGCUACCAGAAGCAGCAAGACACGCUCAUAGUAUGGACCGAGCAGAACGGCACCGACAUGGCCCUCAGCUUCCAGGAGCCGGAGGGCUGCGCGAACAUCUGGGACUUUGUCAAUGAAGUGCAGUCACGGUUGCAGCAGCUAGCUCAAGACGAUGGUCUUUCAGACGACGUCGACAACAUUGGUCCUAUAAUGCUCCCCAAUCCCGACCUCGGCAACCUUCACGAGAUCGAGAACCACAUGCGCGCUGCAAAUUCGACCCCGGGCGGUCGCGACGCUCUUGCCAAAUUCAUCCUGGCGCAGAAAUACAUCCCCAUGCUGAUACCUUUGGUCGACAUGGCCGAGGAUCUAGAGAGCGUCUCAGACCUGCAUCGGCUAUGCAGCAUCAUGAAGCUGCUCAUUUUGCUCAACGACACUUCCAUCAUCGAAUACGUGGUCCACGAUGACAUUAUACUGGGUGUUGUCGGCGCGCUCGAAUACGAUCCGGACUUUCCCCUGCACAAGGCGAACCACAGACAGUAUCUCGCCGAUGAGUCUAAGUUUAAGGAAGUGGUCAAGAUCGAAGACGAGAUGAUAAAACGGAAGAUCCACUCGACGUACCGCCUACAAUACCUCAAAGACGUUGUGCUAGCUCGCAUCCUCGACGACCCCACCUUCUCGGUGCUCAACUCACUUAUAUUUUUCCACCAAGUCGACAUUGUCCAGCACCUGCAGGCAAAUCUCCCCUUCCUCAAGGAGCUGUUCAGCAUUUUCAGCGCGAAAGAGCAAAACAUGCAGAGGAAGAAGGAUGCCGUUCUGUUCAUCCAGCAGUGUUGCGCCAUAGCAAAGAGCUUGCAGGCAAACGCCCGUGCCCAGCUGUAUCAGAACUUCAUCAGCAAUGGUCUACUUGAGGUUAUUCAGUUUGCACUGAAGCACCAGGACGCUUCGGUGCGUGUUGCAGGGACAGAUAUCUUGGUCUCCUUGAUAGACCACGACGCUCUGAUGGUCCGGAGCUACAUCUUCAAGGCUAUCCAGGAGAAGUCGAAACCCCUGACGGACACGCUGAUCGAGCUGCUCCUCAUUGAGGUAGAUUUGGGGGUAAAGGCGCAAAUGGCAGACGCGAUCAAGAUAUUACUAGACCCCAACGCCAACUCAGCAUCAAUUGAAGCGCUCGGACGGACCAACAGCGACUUCUUGGCAAAGAUGCGAGGCCAGCUGCCAUCAAUACCCCAGACCGACUCCUUUAUACAAAACUUCUACGACGAAUCUGCAAGGAAGCUGUUCCAACCCCUUAAAGAUCUUGAAGGCAGGGAGUCGAUGAAUGAUCUCUCGAUCCAGGAUGUGUCGCUCUAUGCUCAUCUGGUCGAAGUCCUGUGCUUCUUCAUCCGUCAACAUUCUUACCGCAGCAAAUACUUCAUUCUCUCAGAGGGUUUGGCAGCUAGAGUCGGCCAGCUCAUGAGCUGUCCCGAGAAGCACCUCAAACUCACUGCCCUAAAAUACUUCCGCACAGUCAUCGCCCUACACGACGAAACUCACAACCGGCAAAUCAUUCAGCAUCAACUUUUCGAACCGAUCCUUCAGGUCCUGUUCGACACCAUGCCUCGAGACAAUCUCCUUAACUCGGCCUGCCUCGAGCUUUUCGAGUUCAUUAAGCGUGAAAAUAUCAAGAUCAUUGUUCAGCAUUUAGUCGAGACAUAUCGCGAAAAGCUGCAGGAUAUCACAUAUGUCGACACGUUCCAGAACCUCAUUUUGCGUUACGAUCAGAUGCAAGAGCCAGUGACCACACAAGAGUUGGAUCAUUCUUUCACGAGCGUGGAAAGCGAGACGCCUGUCAGGACGGCUGGUCUGGUUAAUGGCGGCAAGUGGGGCCAAGGGCUAAAGGACAUUGAUGCGGAAGAGGAAGCAUACUUCAACACGUCCGACGACGAGGACGAGUUGGCAGCUCCCGGAAAGGUAGUCCUCAACGGAGCAUCGCCCGUACGACCAUUGGUGAACUACCCUGACGACGAUGCCGAGGAAGGAGACGUUGACAUGGACAUUCCACUUGCAAUGCGGGGCGCUACCGCUCCCGUCCAAGCUAAACAAGAGACAAAGUCAUCGAAAUCAACAAUUGCCACCGGGUCACCACCAGAGCGCAUCUCGGAGAAGCGGCGCAGAGAGGAGGACGAGGAAGACGAACUGCUCGCCAACAUCUCGACAACAACUGCACCCAAACGCCGUGCCUCGACAUCAAGCAACACAAGUACCUCCACCCUCCGAAAUCUACGCCGAAGAUCGCCGCAAAUUAAUUCAGGCAAGGACGGCGGAACACCGAAGAAGAUAACAAUUUCGCUACCCGUAAAGAGUAGCGGUGAAAACGAGAACGAAUGAGAACACAUCACUCCUGGAGUGAACAUGGGGGAGUUUUGACGGAAUCUCGAGAAGCGUUACGUAUACCCUUUGGAAAACCGCACACGAGCUCGCAUUGUAUGAAAAAGGGCUUUGUCAAUCACUCAUAUUACUGGAUGGGCGGGAGAUUAGCGGCAUGGCAUUGAAGGUGUAUUUACUGGCGUUCCUGUGCCUUAGGUGCUUAGGGGGGCUUGGGCUGGUACGCACCGACCGAAGUUGGAUUCUCAUCUCAUGAGCGAAAGUACUCUGUCUGCCUGGCUAUGUACUAUAUACUUCGCGUACGUUGUUGUAGAGAACGAGGACAAUUACGAUCGCUCA